UGCGCCAGCAGAAAAGAGAGGGUGUCCAUGGUCUUCGUGUGAGCACAGCAUUGCGGACUUGUUCUUGCUGGCGAUGUGAUCAUCAGAUAAUAAGAUGUGUAAUAAGAAGAAGGUUGGAACAGACUUCUGACCUUUGUCAGAUGCUACGGCGCAUUAAAAUGCGCCUCUUAUGAGCAUUGUUGUUCGCGAAAAUGAAUGCGAUGAGCGACGGAAGAAAGAAGUCUGGAAGCUGGAAGCUGGAAGCCUGGGGAAGUCUAGGUGCAGAUCGCCUAAAUUUAGCGUGCCGGACUGCCAGACCUCGUCCACCUCCAGCUCUCCAGCAGACGGUCAACUCGAGAUAUCACCCAUCAAAUCGAGUCCUGUGUCUCUUGUUCAUCCUAAAAAUGAGAGAACUGAGAUCUAUUUCGUGCUUUUCUUAGUGUCAAAGUAUACCGCAGGGUUUCUCCUUGUUUGCUCGUGCGAGAAUUGUCCUAUGACAGGUAUUCCUUCCGAUGGUGUCACAGCUUGCAGCGAGUCAAAAGCGAACGGACCAAGCCACUUUUUGGGCCUCGAACACACGGAGCUGCGGCAAUUCAGAGACGUAAAUCGAGAUGGCUCAAUCGCACUCGAGCAACAGGUACAGGAUGUAGAAUAUCAAUUGCGAGAAGCGCAUUAAGGAAGUAUCUCGAGGAGAUCAAAUCCAGAAUAUUAUGAGCACGG